CCACCCGUCUUCUCCCAAACACGAGCCGCAACCGCCUCCGCCUCCGCCGCCGCCGCGGCCUCUCCCCAUGGCGACCCCUACGGCGGCGGCGCCCAGGCACAGCUGCGCGAAGCUCUCGGUGGCGGUCGAGGACCCCAAGGCGGUGGGUGGCGGAGCCGUCUUCGUCAAGGCCACGUGGCACCCCACCCGCUUCUCCCUCGCCGUCACCGACGGCGCCGGCGCGUGGGUCGCCGAAGCCUCCGACGCCGAGGUGCGGCUCCGGGCCGAGCAGUGGGACCAGCCCGUCGCGGACUACCUCUCCCUCGCCGAGCGCUACCUCGCCUUCCAGCAGCCUUCCUCCACCUACUCCUUCCACGACGCCGGCAACGGUAGUCGAAGGUUAUCAUGGACAUUUGAAAAACAGGGUACCAAGUUAGAAUGGCGGUGGAAACUGCAGCCUUCACCUAACACUCAGCAGACUAUAGCUGAGAUCUUGGAUUUUCUUAUGGAUGCAAAUAUACGCUUGAGUGAAGAGGUUGUUAGGAAAACACAAUCCUUUGAUAAGCUGAAACAAGAAUCUGAGAAGUGCUUGCAACAAAGUGAAAGAUUUAAUAAUGAGAAAGCCGAGUUUGAACAAGCCACUUUUUCAAAGUUUGUGGCGGUCUUAAAUUCAAAGAAAGCCAAGCUCAGACAACUCAAGAACAAACUCACAGAACUUGAAUCAGCUGAAAAAGCCCCAAAGGAGGAGGAAGAGGAUAACUCUACUGAUAAGACAGAGCUCUUUGAGGAAGAAAGUGACAAAAAUGGAAGCAUUAAUGAUGAACCCUCUGAAACUGGUGGUGGCGAUCUACAUAGCUCUCCUGAGAAAACUGGAGCCACCUCACGAGGGGGUAGGGGUCGCAAGAGGACUAGAAAAUAGCCUGAGCAAGUAACCUAACUGCUGCACUGAAUAUAACAGCAUAACAGGACCUACAUGGGAAUUGUUAAUCCAUGUGAUGUACCUGUCGUCCAGCUAAUGUCCAUUUCCUUAUCUGUAGAGUACAUGUGGAGUGUUUCAAUCAUGUACCUUGUGAACUGUGAAGUACAUGUGGAGUUUAAUUUUCAUUUCCUCAAGUAGGUCAACCAUUUAGCUUGUGAACUGUGAGGUGCAUGUGGAGCUAAACUUGAGUC